AAGACGGAAAGGGGGCUAAUUUUAGUUCCCCCUCCUUUCCAGUGAGCUGAUGAGUUGGACACACGCUAUCAUACAUUAUCAAGAAUUAAGAUAGCAUACUCUUGUGCCGUGUGUCUCUCACUGACAUUGAGCGGUGAUUUAAAAACUACUUUUAAAUGAUGGCCAAUUGCAAGCAGAGCAACAGAACCAUCAGAGAAUGGGACAGAGUCUUUCGGUGAAGGAUUUGAAUUAUUUAAAGUCACAAUGAGCGGGAGUUCCUGCAGUUACGGCUCGAGAGUCGAAGAUGUGCCUAUUGUGCGACACAGUCGGAAGCCUCUAGCGAGACCAGGGGACCUGGACGAUGACUUGCUUCCCGGGGAGAUGAACUCCAACUGGGGCACGGGUAUGAGCCUCACCCCUUCACCCGAUGAAGGUAUUCAGGAUUUACAGGUUGAAGACGAUGAGGAGGAGGAAAAGGCCCAGCCUGUCCAGAUCCUCCUGGCCGACGAGGAGGAGCACAGCUUUGAGCUGGAUGCAGCUGCCCUGGAGAGGAUCCUGCUGCAGGACCACGUGAAGGACCUCAAUGUGGUAGUGGUGUCAGUGGCCGGUGCAUUCCGCAAAGGCAAGUCCUUCCUGCUGGACUUCAUGCUGCGAUACAUGCACAAUCAGCAAAGUGAAGAGUGGAUGGGAGGCGAUGACGAGCCUUUGACCGGCUUCACUUGGAGAGGAGGCUGCGAGAGGGAGACCACGGGGAUCCAGGUGUGGAGCGAAGUCUUUGUGGUGGACAGGCCGGAUGGCAGCAAGGUGGCCGUCCUCCUGGUGGACACCCAGGGAGCCUUCGACAGCCAGUCCACCAUCAAGGACUGUGCCACAGUGUUUGCCCUCAGUACAAUGACCAGCUCUAUGCAGGUGUAUAAUCUCUCGCAGAACAUUCAGGAGGACGACUUACAGCAUCUUCAGCUCUUCACAGAGUACGGCCGCCUCGCCAUGGAAGAGAUCUACUUGAAACCUUUCCAGUCCCUCAUGUUCCUGAUUCGCGACUGGAGUUUCCCCUACGAACACAGCUACGGCCUGGAAGGAGGCGACGCCUUCUUGGAAAAACGACUUCAGGUCAAGCAGCACCAACACGAGGAGUUGCAGAACGUCCGGAAGCACAUCCACUCCUGCUUCUCCAACAUCGGCUGCUUCCUGCUGCCUCACCCGGGCCUCAAGGUGUCCACCAACCCUUACUUUGAUGGCCGGCUGAGAGACAUUGAUGGGGAUUUUAAGGACCAGUUGUCCCAGCUGGUCCCUCUCCUCCUGGCGCCCGAGCGGCUUGUGGAGAAGGAGAUUGGAGGCAACAAAGUCACGUGUAGAGAUCUUGUGGAGUACUUCAAGGCAUACAUAAAGAUCUACCAAGGUGAAGAGCUGCCUCAUCCAAAGUCAAUGCUGCAGGCGACGGCAGAAGCAAACAACCUGACUGCUGUAGCAGGAGCCAAAGACAUGUACAGCAAGAACAUGGAACAGGUAUGUGGCGGUGACAAGCCCUAUAUCGCCCCCGCCGACCUGGAGCGCUGCCAUGAGGAGUUCCGUGAGCACUCAGUGCGCUACUUCCGCUCGGUGAAGAAGAUGGGCGGCGAGGAGUUCUGCCAGCGCUACCAGAGCCAGCUGGAGGCCGAGCUGGAUGAGGCCUUCGGCAACUUCUGCAAGCACAACGACGGCAAGAACAUCUUCUACGCCGCACGCACGCCCGCCACACUCUUCGCUGUCAUGUUCGUGGCCUACAUGGUGUCCGGCGUGACGGGCUUCAUCGGCCUGAGCACGCUGGCGGCGCUGGCCAACCUGGUCAUGGGCCUGGCGCUGAUGUCGCUCUGCAUCUGGGCCUACGUCAAGUAUUCUGGAGAGUUCCGCGAGGUGGGGACGAUGAUAGACCUGGUGGCUGAGACGCUGUGGGAACAGGUUUUUUCCAAACUUUGCGAGCGUGUCACGAGGGGCGUGCCGUGGCCCGCCGCCCUGCUGGCGGGAGCGACGCCGGGCCUGUCGGCUCUGUCCCCCCCCAACAACAACCGCUACUACCAUCACCACCACAAGAAGAGCCGCUAGACCACCUUGUCUUGUGUUUGUUCACGUUCAGGCCGGAGGUCGUUGGGAUUCUGUCUUUGUACCGUCAGCAGGCCACGCCCCAUCGCAGAAUCUCACGGUUCCUAUUCGUCUUAUUCUCAGCAGUGUGGGGAGGAUGUGUGCCUUUUCCUGUUAGAUUCACUUUGUCUGUGCUGCGCAUGCUCCAACACAACUGCCUGUUUUUUUUUCUCCCCAAUCUCAGGCCAAGUCCACACAUACUGUACUAUAAUUUAAAAACACAUUUUCACCACUGUAGCUAAAACUGUAUACACGUCUAUCAAUUCUGUGCCAAAGCAAUAGUUGGCACUCUGACCCAUAACAGCAAUAAGGUUGAAGUACAAUUGUUUUAAUUUUAUAUAUAUAUAUAUAAUUAAAACUAUAUAUUAAAAUAUAUAUAUAUAUAUAUAUAUAUAUAUAUACAGGCAAAUGUUUUUGUAAGAGGGAAAAUUUGAGAAAUAUAGUAAGCAAACAAAAUAUAUUUUAAAAAUACAGUAUGUAUGUAGAUAUUUAAAACAAAUGGAGCACAUAGGUAGAGUAAUAAAAACUCUUUACAUUGUAGGUAAAAUACCGAAUGUAAAUAUAUAUAUAUUUUUAAGUAAAUGUUUUUUUGAAAUUCUGACUGUAAAAAUAUAUUUAAAAAUUCGGUAUGCAGGUAAGUGUAAAAAAUACAGUAUAUAAUUUAAGUUUUGUACAAUCCAGUAUGCCUGCAAAUGCCGUCUGUAGAUGUAAAAAAAAUAUAUAUAUAUUUAACCGUAUGUGGGUAAAUAUUUGUUUUAAAAAAAGUAUAAUUUUUAAUUAUUUUUUUUUUUACAGUAUGUAUAUGUUAACAAUGUAGUGAGACGUGGCCUGGGAGUGUCUCACUAUUUGGCACGAAGUGUUCCUCACUAGCGGGCCUGUGUGCUGUGUGUUGUGCUGCAGGUUCUCAAGCCACUCAGUGAACAUUAUAUGGAAGACAACGUGCGACAGACGGUGGUCAACUCUCUCAAAGCCAGCCUGACAGAACCCAGCUCGCAGCAGCACGCCAAGUUAAAGACGCACUGACGCACUUCCUUUAUCCUCACUCUCCUCCCUGCCUGCUUGUUCAACGUGUGAAAAGUAGUUCAACAACACCAAAGCUGACCUCCCUCCUCAUCAUUCUCCUGCUUCUCCUUGCUGUGGCCUUUCGCCAAAACACAACCGUCCUCUCUGGCCAUCACAUCUUGGCACUUCAGGUUUAGGAUGCCACUUCUCUCAACAAUGGAUGCAAACGUGCUGCCUUCAAGUUCUUUUUCAGCUGGUUCUUUGUUUGAAAGCACAACUUAUCCUUUAGCAGAGUCGGGAAACCAGAAUGUGAAUUGUUUUGACAAUGUUAUUAAGAAUCACUAAUGAAAGCAGACGCUGCGUUUGUAUGUAGAGUAUAGUCAAACUGGUCGCCCAGCUCAAUAGAAUUGUAUCAAGCCUCCAUUUAGUUUUUUAGAGCUGACCACAUUUUUAGCAGUGUGCUAAGAUAAGCUAAGAGUCCAACUCUGCUGCCUUUAACGUCGCCCUUAUCUUUAGUGCUAUAGUACAGUUAAAUUCAUCAUAGAAACGCCUACUGUUGCAAAAGUAAUUUAAAAAAGUAGUUGUAGCAGGAUGUUAGAUUACGGGCUAAACAAAAUUAGCUUAGUUUGAAGGCUAACAUUUUUUUCAAAAUGCGUCGUUAUGUCCAAAGUCUAGUCCAAGCGCCGUUUCUCACUUCAUAAAAUGAUUUACAGUCAUUAACGUGUGUUAAAUUAAAUAGUGCUUAAAUGCAAGCUGUGGAGUAAUUUGUUAAAAUCGGCGGUCUUUUAGUGCUGCCUCAUGCCAGGGGUAGCUACUUCCAGCAAUUAAAGUUAAUUUGCUGCAGUCCCGUUCAAGAAAAGGCUACCUUUUUCCACUUUGCACCCUUCUUUCUCUCCCACCCCCCGCCGGAAAAAACGGUUUAUCGCUAAAGUGUCAAACUUGCGUCAGCGAGACGACGUGAAGAUUAUUUUCGCCCUUUAAUCGUCGCACUUGUUUGAUUCUCAGGAGCUAAUAGACGAACGUCAGUCACGUUUGUUCGAUAUGUGAUCACGUCGUUACUCACCUCAAGCGCCAGUCUUUGAUGUUUAUUUCCCCUUCUCUGUGAUGCAUGUUGAAUUGUUAGAUAUUUAAAUAAACUUUGUAUACAUUUUAUAGCCAAUCAGGGUGGCGGCGACUUUUUUGUUUGGGGUCAGUUUAACAGUGCUGCUGUAGCCGAGUUGUUUUGGGGUUUUUUGUUUGUUUUUUUGACCUGUUAGACUCGUCCUGUUUGGGGGGACAAUAGGAAAUUAGCAAAAAGUGAUUGGGUUGAUUUGAGUGGAAUGGAGGUGUGUGAUGCCUGUCCACCUUUUUAAAAACCCAUUUGUGGUAUAAUUUAUUUUUGAAAAAAGUGUUUACCUUAAGAAUAAAAUCAUACAACUCA